GCAGUGGCUGCAGCCUUGGCUCCCGACCCUGAAAGAGCAGGAGCGCGCUUGGAGCCAAGAAUGUGUGCUGUGCCGGAAGAACCCCCAACAACCAGGACGUAGCCACUGCUGCUCCUGACUUUGGGCGUUUCUGUUACCUGGGGACGCCUGCACCCUGGGAGGCCUCCGCCCCAACUCUAGGACCUCUGGCGGCAGUGGCGGAUGUCCCGCCGAGGGGCAGAUCCUGACCAUCGUGCCCGCGGAGCUCCAGGCCCGGGUGUUAGAGCAUCAGCCAGAGAGCAGGGAGGAGGCGGCGAUCCCGUGGGGGCUUUGCAGAGAGAGCUCCACGAAACAGGUUGUAGCCAGGACAGGUGGAAUAGGAGUGUGUUCAGAAUUUCCUCACCAGGCAGCACAGAAGCCACCAGCUAUUCUAGGCCAAGAAACAUGUAGCCUUCCAGGCCAUUCGUGAACAAGGAGUGUGUCCUGAAAGGUAACACACUUGUUGCCCCCCGCCUCUGACUAUCGGAGCUGGAAUGGCUGGAGUACUCCUUCCACGGCCUCCUGAGGAGUCAGAGGGACUCUUCGGAGUAAACAACAAAAAAUGGCCUGCCAAGGUUCAGGCGACUGGCCCACAGUGGAGCAGCCCAAACCACCAGGAGGUAUUCCGCCAGCGCUUCCGACAGUUCUGCUACAAGGAGACCCCUGGGCCCCGUGAGGCCUUGAGCCAGCUCUGGGUGUUCUGCUGUGAGUGGUUAAGGCCUGAGAUACGCACCAAGGAGCAGAUGUUGGACUUGGUGGUGCUGGAGCAGUUCCUGACCAUCCUGCCCGAGGAGCUCCAGGCCUGGGUGCGGGAGCAUCACCCGGAGAGUGGGGAGCAGGCCGUGGCUGUGCUGGAGGAUCUGGAGAAGGAACUGGAUGAACCAGGCCAGCAGGUUUCAACCCAGACCUGUGCACAGGAAGUGCUUUCUGAGACAUCGGUGCCUCUGGAUCCAGCUAAGGAAGCAACAUAUCUCCAGCCUCAACCCAUGGAGAUCCAGCUUAAGGGUGAAUCUCAGGACCCUCAACACCAACAGGACUGUGAUGACGUAAUCAGAAUUGAGAAAGGAGAAUCGAUUCAAAAGCAGGAGCUUACCAUAGAUACAGAGUCUCCAAAAAAGUCACCUGGCCAAAUCAACGGAAAAGUCCCUCAUUGUGAAGAAACCCGAGAACAUGAAGGACAGACAAAGAGAUAUCAGAGAAAUUCUUCCACCGAGAGAAGAUAUGAGUGUGACGAGUGUGGGAGAAGAUUCACUCAAAACUCAAGCCUCAUUAGACAUAAGAGAAUCCACACUGGAGACAGACCCUAUUCGUGUAACGUGUGCGGCAAAACCUUCAUCCAGAGUUCCCAACUUAUUGACCAUCAGAGAAUACAUAACCGAUUAAAACCAUAUCAGUGUGAUGAGUGUGGAAAAGCCUUUUAUUACAGUUCACACCUUGUUCAGCAUCAAAGGACCCACACUGGAGAAAAACCUUUCCAGUGCGGUGAGUGUGGGAAAGCCUUUCACUACAGCUCCGGCCUCGUUCGGCACCAGAGGACCCACACGGGAGAGAAGCCCUACCAGUGUCACGUCUGUGGAAAGGCUUUCUGUCUGAGCUCGCACCUGAUUCAGCACCAGCGCGUGCACACUGGGGAGAAGCCGUACCAGUGCAGCGAGUGUGGGAAAAGCUUCAGCCAGAGCUCAGGCCUCUUCCAUCACCACAGGAUCCACAGUGGGGAGAAGCCGUAUGAAUGUGAUGAGUGUGGAAAGGCCUUCAGUCACAGCUCAGCCCUGGUUGGGCACCAGCGAAUCCACAGUGGAGAGAGGCCCUAUGAGUGUGACGUGUGCGGGAAGGCGUUCAGUUAUAGCUCCCAUCUUCUGGGACAUCGAAGGAUCCACACUGGGGAGAAGCCCUAUGAGUGUGACGUGUGCGGGAAAGCUUUCCGGCGGAGCUCGCACCUCCUGGUACAUCAGCGAAUCCACAUCGUAGAGAAGCCCUGGUGAUGUCAGCAAUGGUGCAGAAUUAUCCAUCCGCACUUUCCUGCAGAACGCCAGAUAGGGACGUCUCCGUGAUGGAGAAGUAGGGAAUUCUGUGAUCACCAUUGCGGUUUCCCCUGUCAUUUGAAAAUACUUCUGGAGGGGCGCCUGGGCAAUCACCUGAUAGCUUGCCAAACAAGCAUGUCGUCUGAUGACCUGGGACCUUGGAGGGGCUCAUUCCACAUCCUCAGACUUUCCUCCUCGAAGCAGGGGCCAGGAGAUCUCUAUAAUCCGUUAGAUAUGUCCCCAGGGUGCUAGAGAUGCUGCUAUUCCCUCCCCUGCCUCCUUUCCUGUUUUCUUUGGAGUUGGAGUGAUGAUCUUGUCUGAAGUGUGAGUUUAGAGUUACUUGAUUUACAUUUUUAAGAAUCCUGAAUUUUUGGUUAGCUUGAUAAAAGACCUCAGCCUAUCGGUUGUCUACACUAAAAACAUAAAUACAAAAACCACUUUGUAAUUUGGGAUAAACGUUUGGGUGGGUAGGAAGGUUCCAUGGGAUGGAGCAGGAGGGUUGAUCACACAUCCGGUGACCUUUCAUAGCUUCCACCAGAGAUGUCAAACAGGCCAGGGCGCUGUAUUUGGCUCGCAUGUGCGUUUUUCCCACAUAGUAUGUUUUGUGAUAACAUGAAAUUAUUUCAACUUUUAAAAAUCUGGAGAUUUCACAUCGAAUCUGACUUUCCAGAUUCUCUCACAAAAACGCAUGAUGUGGCAAUACUAGAUGCCACCUUCCCACGAGGCAGGAGUUGACUGGAGCAGAUUAUCACCCACUGCGGAUGGACACAGUCCACUACCACACAGCGACCUGGGCUCCCUGACCACCCGCUGCUCCCCCUACCUGUGCGAGCCCUGCCCUGCUCUCCGUGCUUCUCAGGACCACCUUGCCACCAAAACACUGCACUUUAGCUUUAGGCGCUGGCCCCCAAGAAGAUUUUCUCUGAAGAAAAGGCUUUCUGCUAACAAAAGCUUGAAGAUUUACUAUAAAAGAUUUAAGGAGCACCUGGGUGGCUUAGUCAGUCGGACAUCUGACUCCUGAUCUCCGCUCAGGUCUUGAUCUCAGGGUAGUGAGUUCAAGCCCCUUCUUGGGCACUGCGCUGGGCAUGAAGCCUACUUAAAUAAACAAAUUUAAAAAUGUAUACUUGAGCACCUGAAGGUAAAGGAAAGCCACGGUAAAAUUUUCCUUAGAUAGAAUGUACAGGUACUUACCACAGUCAACUGUGAUGGCUUCUAGCCAGACCUGUGGAGACUAGUUCUUCCUGUGAGAUGAAAACCGCAUGCUGAUGGGAGUCAACACUAACGUUGGCGUGAACAGGCUCAGGGCCCAAAGCAGAGGUGCAGCUGAGGGAGAGAAGCUCAAGAUCUGACGCCACAGGGGCGGCAAGGCCGUGGAAUGAGGCCCAAAUGGGAGAGUGGGGAGAGGAUGAGGCCCAAAUGGGAGAGUGGGAAGAAAAAGCUACGAAUAAGGGAGGGUCAGGGAUGAACAGGGAAGGAGAAAGGUCAGAGACACAAGAAAAACCAACCGCAAACAGGAAGUGGAAGCAAAGGCAGUGAAAACGUGGAAGACCUGGAGGCUGAAGCCCUCAGUAUUAAUCCACCCUUCAUUUCUAUGCCUUGGAGGUCAAAUCCCUGGUAAUGAAAGACCCGUACCCAAUCUCAGCUCACUGCGGUUUGUACCGCGCCCCGGGCCCUGUGUGGGCCUCUGGGUGAUGGGACACAGGACACCUGUGUCCUAUGGAAAAGCCAUGUUCUACGGCUUCUUAGCAAAGCCAGCCAAGCAGAAGGACUCUCCCCAGGAGAAGGAAGACAUUCUUGGCCUCUGUGGGAAGCGGGUGAUUUGCCCAUUCCUCCUAAAAAGGAAAAAGUGCGUUGUGAGAUAGCAGUACCCAUCUUAUACUAAAUAAAUGAUGUGGCAAAAUGAAAAGUCCUUUGCAGACUGUGACAAUCAUGGCUAUUAUUUGUUGGAACAGCAGUUGUGUCCAGCAUCUUGUAUCUCAUGUCAGCAUCCCAACUCUUCUGUAAGGUACGAUUUAGUAUCUUAAACAGUAUGUAGAUGUGAUUUAUUCUUACGAAGGGCUUAUAAUAAAAUGAAGUUUUUACUAUGUUUAAAUGUUAAGCAGCCUAUACAAGUAUUUUUAAAAUAUGAUAAUAUGUAAAACAGUCUUAAAAUAUUAAAAAUUGGAAAUAACAAAAUAUCAACAGUGUAUUUAGGUCAUGAAAAGGGAGUGAUUCUCACCUUUCUACUCUGUAUAUUCCAGAUGAAAACAUUAGAAUUCAUCAUACACAUGCGGUAAAUACUUUUUAAAAAUUAAAAUAUUACAGAAUUGA